GAGGCUCGUUGAUUGGGCGCCAGCAGCCAAGAUGGCGGCGCCCGCCUGGCCUUCCUCCCCCGGACGCUGCCUGCUUCUCCUGCUGGUCCUCCGUUAGAGGCCCCGGGGCGCCUGGCAGGAUGGCCGGGGCGGCUUCGCUGAUGGAGCUCCUCCGGAGGAGCCGCUUGGCGUUGCUGCGGAGGAGGCUGCCAGGAGCAGGAGGGCUUCUCGGGGGCCCUACGCUCCGAAAAGGCCUCGGAGGCAGAGCAGCAGCAGCAGCAGCAGGAGGAGGAGGAGGCCUUGAGAGCCUUCUGCUGCAAAUGCUUUCUCCCGCAUCUGGACAACUUGCGCAGUCUGUAGCAAAAAGGCAGUUUGCUCCCUUCUACCUCUGGAAACUUCUGGAGAACACUUGCUAUUUUUCUACAUCUGGUUCUCGUCACAAUGGCGGCGGCAGUGGCGGAUCCAAAGGGAAAUCCCCAGAGGAAGAUGAGGAGGAAAAGAGACGCCGGGAGAGGGAGGACCAGAUGUAUCGGGAGCGCUUGAGGACCCUUUUCCUCAUUGCUGUUAUCAUGAGCCUGCUGAACUCCUUGAGCACCAGUGGGGGCAACAUAUCCUGGAACGACUUUGUGAAUGAGAUGCUGGCAAAAGGCGAAGUGCAGCGAGUUCAGGUGGUGCCGGAAAGUGAUAUUGUAGAAAUCUACUUGCAUCCCGGCGCAGUUGUCUUUGGACGGCCUAGGCUUGCUCUGAUGUAUAGAAUGCAGGUAGCCAACAUUGACAAGUUUGAGGAGAAGUUGCGAGCAGCCGAAGAUGAGCUGAACAUUGACCUGAAGGACAGGAUCCCUGUCUCCUACAAGCGCACUGGCUUCUUUGGGAAUGCCCUCUACGCUUUGGGGAUGGCUGCUGUGGGUGUCGGCAUCCUAUGGUACAUUUUUCGCCUGGCCGGGAUGGCAGGAAGGGAAGGAGGCUUCAGUGCCUUUAACCAGCUGAAAAUGGCUCGUUUUACUAUUGUGGAUGGCAAAUCUGGGAAAGGGAUCCGUUUCAAAGAUGUGGCAGGGAUGCACGAGGCCAAAAUGGAAGUCAAAGAGUUUGUGGAUUAUUUGAAGAGCCCAGAUCGCUACUUGCAGCUUGGUGCUAAAGUGCCCAAGGGUGCCCUCUUGCUUGGACCACCAGGCUGUGGCAAGACCUUAUUGGCAAAGGCCGUAGCGACCGAGGCCCAAGUGCCAUUUCUGGCAAUGGCUGGCUCUGAAUUUGUGGAGGUGAUUGGAGGUCUCGGAGCAGCUCGUGUGCGGAGUCUCUUCAAAGAAGCCCGAGCACGUGCGCCAUGCAUCGUUUACAUCGAUGAAAUAGACGCUGUUGGGAAGAAGCGCUCCACCAACAUGUCAGGCUUCUCCAACACAGAGGAAGAGCAGACCUUAAACCAGCUGCUGGUAGAAAUGGACGGUAUGGGGACCACUGAUCACGUUAUAGUGCUGGCAUCCACCAACCGGGCAGAUAUUUUGGAUAAUGCCCUUAUGAGACCUGGGAGGCUCGACCGUCACAUUUUUAUUGAUCUGCCCACUCUCCAGGUACAGGAGGCGAGAGAUCUUUGAAGGCAGCAUCUCAAAGGCCGGAAACUGUCCCAGGUCGGCAGCUUUAUUCCCAGCGCUUUGGCUGAGCUCACGCCAGGAUUCCCGCGGUGUGUGUCUGUUUUUCCACCUGUAGGAGCUGACAUAGCCAACAUCUGUAAUGAGGCAGCCCUCCAUGCUGCAAGGGAGGGUCAUAAAUCCAUCCAUACCUUCAAUUUUGAGUAUGCUGUGGAGAGAGUCAUUGCAGGAACUGCUAAAAAGAGCAAAAUCCUGUCUCAGGAGGAGCGAAGGGUAGUGGCAUUUCAUGAAUCAGGUCAUGCGCUUGUGGGCUGGCUCCUGGAGCACACCGAGGCAGUGAUGAAGGUUUCCAUAGCUCCACGCACCAAUGCUGCCUUGGGCUUUGCCCAGAUCCUGCCAAGGGAUCAGUACCUCUUUACCAAGGACCAGCUUUUUGAGCGGAUGUGCAUGGCCCUGGGAGGGAGAGUUUCAGAAGCCAUUACAUUUAAUAAAGUUACAACAGGAGCCCAGGAUGACCUGAGGAAAGUAACCAAGAUAGCCUACUCAAUGGUGAAGCAAUACGGGAUGGUGCCCAACGUUGGGCAUCUCUCCUUUCCAGAUCAAGAAAGUGCUCCAGGGAUUGGGCGACGUCCUUUCAGCCAUGGGCUCCAGCAGAUCAUGGACCAUGAAGCAAAGAUGCUGGUGGCCCAAGCCUACAGGCGUACAGAGAAACUGCUGCUGGACAAUCGGGACAAACUGAAGGCGCUGGCUGACGCCCUCCUGGAGAAGGAAGUAAUCAACUACGACGACAUUGAAGCCCUGCUUGGGCCUCCUCCACACGGGCCCAAGAAAAUGAUCAGCCCUCAGAGCUGGAUUGAAGCUGAGAAGGAUAAACAGGAUGUGGGAGAGGAGGAGCCGUCCCAGCAGCCCCGGGGACAGGAGGAGGAGGAGGAGGAGGCCAACCUGAGACUGGUUUCAAACAAGUUCAUGCUGUAGAACGUAAGAAGAAACUAAAGGCAACUCAAGGUGCAAGACGAGUGCCUCCUUCCCUGGGUGUUGGCUGUUCUGCUCAGAUUCCGGAACGAUGGAUGGGGUUCAGCUUUUCUCAGUCCAGGAACCAAGGAGGCCAGAGUGUGGUCUAUGGCCUGGGGUUUCUCCCUUGGCUUUAUGCCACAUUGCCAUUUCUCUGGGAGGGCCCCCAACAUCUCUGGAUCAGCAGGUGAGGCUCCUGGGAGAGAGUGCUCAGCCAUUCCAGGCAGGACCAGCCCUUGGGUGAUGGGUCUCCCACAGCUGCUGGUCUCUGCUUUGUGUUACUUCUUGCCAGCGGCACACAGGAGAAUCCCCAGUUACCACCAGAGCAGCGAAGAUGGGAAUACCUCCCACAGCUGUGUAUCUGUGCCUUUGGUACCAGGGCCCAGUCUUUCUCAUUUUCUUAUUCAUUUUAAUACAUCUCUUGAGAAGUGGAGAAUCUGUUGGUGGCUGUAAAGGAUGAGAGGUCCUAUUAGCUAUAUUACCAGGUCUGGCCAUAAACUGAAGGGCAGGCAGCAACCCUGGUAAAGUUUGGCUCCCAGGAGUAACUUUGCAAGGGAAGAGUCCACAAGCCUUUGUGAGAAUCUGCAUAUAGAGGCCUGUGUGUCCAAAGCAAUUGUGGCUGGGGAUGUAUUGGCUCUUCCCUGCUGCGGAGUAAACAGCUCUGUGUGUGUGUCUGGGAGAGCGCACGAGAAAGAGAACACGCUUAUGUGCAUGAUCUCCCUCAUUCUCUUCCCCAGCUCCUUAAUGUGGAUUAUUUCCAUGAGGAUUACUGUCUGUAUCCCUGAACAACCCUUGUCCAGAUUUUCCUGCUGCCAACAUGUAAUUUGUAAUUCUCAGGCUUCCUCUUCCAAAUCCCUCCCAUGCGCUUGGAUGUGUGGUCACUCGUUUGCGAUUGCGUGCACUUCCUCACUUGUGUGUUCUCUCUCUCUCCCCACACCCACCCUGAGAGUAAACCCAGUGUAGAGGGAGGGAGUUAGUCUUCAGAAGGGUUGAAGGCAUAAUAAUCCUCCUGACUCACUUCAGAGUGCUCCAUAGAGCAGCCAGGGCCUCUCUGUAGGUCUCCCCCUUCCUCCGUCUCCCCAGCGGCGGCCCUGGCAGAAGACUUCCCAGCAGCCUAUGUCUACCACCUAGCGGGCUCUUCAUAAACCUGCAGCCAAACUGCGGUUGCUGAAUUGUGAUGGCUGCCUCCCAGACACACUGGCAGCAGCUCCACUUUAGCACAAGAAGGUGGAUUGCUCACCCUGGAAGACAUUUAGGAUCGUGGGAGUGCUUGAAUUGUUCCAGGUCAUGGAUGUAGAUUGUCUUGCUUAGAUGGGAGAGGUUCCUGUGGCUUCUUGUCAAGAAAAUAAAAGGUUGAAAACU